GUUUUUAAAGAUGGCAGCUUGCAUGAGCACAUCGUGGAGGUUUUCUGCCUUCCAAAAACCGGUUGUGAUUUCCUUGAGAAGAUCUUAUAGUGGUUGGAGAGCAAUAAAACGAAGAAAUUAUUCUGUAACUUCUGAUUGAGGAGCUGAAUCAAGGUUGUGAAAUUUAUUAGCGCCACCAACGGGCUUCCUUGUAUUUCCGUAGAAGAGACAAACGAAGUCACUUGCUAGGCCGAGUUCAUUUGAAGGAUGGUCCAGCAUGGUUGGCCUUGAGAUUCAUGCCCAGAUACUCUCCAAUACCAAACUAUUUUCUGCUUCUAAGGCCCAAUUCAUGGCACCACCAAACUCGCUAGUCUCUUUUUUUGAUGCCUCUCUGCCAGGUACUCUUCCGGUCUUGAAUAGACGAUGUGUGGAAGCGGGUGUGCUGACAGCACUAGCCCUCUCUUGCUCUCUCAACAUGCGUUCAGUCUUUGAUCGUAAACACUACUUCUACGCUGAUUUACCGGCAGGUUACCAGAUAACCCAGCAGAGACUUCCCCUAGCAGUCGAUGGGCGUGUGGAGUUCACCCUCUUUGACGAGAGACGGAAAAACCCGCCAUCUCAUCGGUCGGUCCGCAUCAAACAGAUCCAGUUGGAACAAGACAGUGGAAAGAGUUUGCAUGAUGAGGAUAAUGCAGAGACGUUAGUGGAUUUGAAUAGGGCAGGAGUCGGUCUCAUGGAGCUGGUGACGGAGCCUGACCUUACGGACGGCACAGACUCGGCAGCUAUGGUAAGGGAGCUACAGCUUCUGCUUCAGGCUCUUGGGACAUGCGACGGCAAGAUGGACGAGGGCUCCCUCCGAGUUGACGCCAACGUAUCGGUCCAUCGCCCUGGUGAGCCUCCAGGCGUGAGGUCAGAGGUGAAGAACAUCAAUAGCAUCCGCUUUGUGAAACAAGCUGUAGAUUUUGAAAUCAAGCGACACAUAAAACUACUGGAAAGGGGCGAGAAGAUUCACUACGAAACCAGAGCAUUUGAUAAUUCACUAGGGAUCACGGUACCAAUGAGAGAGAAGGAGGGUCAGAUAGACUACCGGUUUAUGGCAGAGCCCAACCUUCCACCCCUCAUCCUUCAUGACAACACCACCAUACACCGAUCCCCUCAGCCUCUCAGGGCGAUCAACGUGGAUACCUUGAAGGAUAGCUUACCUGAGCUCCCGAGGUCUAGAAGACAAAGACUAGCAGAUCAGUAUGGCAUGCCACUGGAUAUUGCCCACCAAUUACUUAGCGAGCCUGGCUUGGUGGAAUAUUUUGAAUCUGUUUUGCAAGAAGACUCUGCUAGAGACAGUAAGAGGGUUUUGAAUUGGCUGACCACGGAAGUUCUCAGACACCUUAACCUCAAUAACAUCUCAGUGAAUGACAGCCUGUUACCUCCAUCGUCCUUUGGUGAACUCAUAGACCUGAUGCAGAGUGGAGCAAUAUCAGCAAAGACUGGAAAGACCCUUACCGCUAUGGUAUUUGACGGAGAUACCAGAAGUUUGACAGAGAUCAUUGAAGAGAAUGGAUGGGGAUUGAUUACAGAUGAACCUACAAUAAGGCAGAUAUGUGAGAGAACCAUUAACAGAAACACAAAAACAGUGGAGGAGUAUCACCGUGGCAACAAGAAGGCCAUCAACAGACUGAUGGGCAAUGUGCAGAAAGAGACGCAGGGAAGGGUCGACCCAAGCAUUGCCAUAGCAACUCUAAAAAAACUGCUGAAGCCACGCUGACGAUUGGUAAUGCACAGAAAAAGACGCUGGGAAGGGUCGAGCCGAGCGUUGCCAUAGCAACCUUCAAACAACCGCUGAAGCUGAGGUGACACUCUUCAUAGUCUGCUUGCUAUUGGUAAAUGAGUGAUGAAUCAAGGAAAGUAACUCCAUCUGGAUACUUUCUGAACUGAGGUGAACUAGUAGUUGUUAAAAGCUACUGAAAUCCUUGCAUCUUGAUUGGCUCAGAGCAAAUUUGUCAGUGAAAGCACGGAAAAGAUACUUUAUGAAACACUUCCCGAUGGUAGAUGGUAACAAAGAGUUUUGUUGUCGGGAAGAGGGAGGGAAGUUGUAAGGUUAUUCAAGUUUGAAGUGCUUUGUGCAUUUAUGUCAAGUUAGAAGUGCUUUGUGCAUUUAUGUCAAGGAAAGUGGGAUGUGUACAGAUAAGCCGGAAUUCACAGAGGCGAAAAUGAAUGUUUGGUUUCUUGCCAUGUUUUAUGCAGAUUUCAUGCAUUGAUUACGCUUAAUUCAGCGUGGAUAUUUAGAAAGCGUUCAGUAUAGUGAAUGUGGCCUUUUAUCACAGUGAGCGGGAUUGAUGCUUGUUUCCUAGAAUAUAGCAUUAAUGAGCCAAAUUUUUAUGAUUAAUCAACGUAAAUAGCUGACUCAUUAAUGUAGUAACCUUUAUAUCAAGCUUCAGUGUUGCUCCCUUAUGCACCCAUUAUUUGACUCUUAAUAUUUGCACUGAAUGAAGUGUGAUCUAGGAUUAACUCUACAUAAACCAUGGUUUUUCACCACAGAUGUAAAACCACUUUGUGAAUACAGACCUUUAUGAUUGUUGCAAACUGCCUAAUACAUUUCGCACAUGUAGUGAAGACUGUUCUCAUUCUGAAUAUAAAAAUUAAUUGCUUUUUCCGUCUCGUAGCAAAGAAUAUGCAAAAUAUUUGAGUGAAGGUGAUAGAGGGCAGCAUAGCAGCACAUGAUUUCUCACUCCCUGCUAAUGGUUUUUGUGCAAUGGUCGACUUUAUGUUAUUAAUAAUAAAUGUCAUAUUUAUCCAGGGUAGCCACAUCAGUUCCAAAAUCUGUUGUACCAGCGGGCCUUGAUUAACACAAUAUGUUCUUAUUACCCCCACUGCCUAUAGGCGCUCAAGCUUGAGUAUAGAGGAUGAAGUGGAUACGGAUCGCUAUUGAGAAAUUUUUUUGUGAUCAAAAGAAUGCAUAUCACGCUGAAAAUCAAAAUAAUCCAUAACUGAAGCGCAGGAAUAGUUUGUGUAUUUAGACUUUAAAAAAAAAAAGGGAUUUUUUUUCUUGUACAGAUUAUUAUCUCACUUAACCAGGAAUGGGAGUGCAAAGUGCCAUUGGAAUGUUGAUAAUUAUAUAAGGCUUUUUUUAUUUUCUACUUAUUUUCUUUCUUUCUUUUUUUGGUCACUUUUCCUCUUUCCCUUUUUUUUAUCCCUUCUUUUUUUAGGCACUGCCAAUAUAUGAAUCCGCCUGUACAUUUAGUCCUACAUUAUAUGGCUAAGAUUCAAAUAAUUGUAAUUAAAUAUAAAAAUGAUAACAACUAGGUGAAAGUGAUAUGACGUCACUAGCAUCCACAAUGCAUAUGACAUCAUGCAUACAUUUAUAAACGUGUUGUCAAAAUAUUGCAAAACUUAUUUUAGUAAUUUUCAAUGAUCAUGAUGAAAUUGUUGUUUUGUUAGUAUGAUUUUAACAAUAUCAAUCAUAAUUUUAGACGGAAAUAUUUUACCACCUUUAAAUUAACUAUAAUCUUUAUGUUUUAACAUCGUAAUUGAAACCCCCUCUUCCUAAGUGACUUUUGGUUCAGAGGGGGGGGGGGGGUGACAUUCAAGCUCAAUACCCACAACCUCAUUUCAUAUUGAAUGAGUAUUUUAGCAUAUUCUAGGAUAGAUACCACUCCUACUUCUCGUAUAUAAAAGUGAAGCCCCUGGGUAUGCAAUUGGAAAAUUUGCAUAAAUUGAAGUGAGUGUUAAAUUCCUGUUCAUUAUAAUGAUCUAAGAGACCCCAUAUAGGUUAUUUUGUUGGAAUUUUUUUUUUAAUAUAUUAAUUAAAAAAUUGAUUGAAAUAUGAGAAACAGGAAAAUUACCCUCUCCAGCUUGUCUACGACUUCAUCAACGCUGGGUUGUCAGAGAUGGGUGCUCUGCCGACAGAUGUUACCGAUGAAGGUGACAUUGGCGUUGUUCGUACCAUCUCCCAUCAAGGUCCAAACUGUUCCGGGUUGUCCUCUUUUCAUUAGUAGUUUCCAUCAAAGUCAGAAGUUGACCAAGCUGGAAUAUGUUUUUCCUGUUCCAAUCUGUCCUCGACUUCCCUUUUUUCAUUGUUCUCUGUUCCUACCGUCUAUUACUUCUUCCCGUUCUUUUCUCUCCUCGAGUCUCUUUUCUUCCCUCCCCUUUCACUAACUGUAGAGUGAAGAAAUAUGUUUUUCUUGGCUGUAUGAAUUUAUCUUCGGAGACUCAUUACACAGUGCUUUUCUUAAUUGUUUCCUAUUCUGUUGAGGGUUUCCUUCUGUCCGCCCCCCCCCCUGAGACUCCACCAGCUGCUGCUGAAAAGGAUUUUUUUCUUCAGAUUUCCUAUUUAAAGUGAGGCCUUUGGUUUGUCAAAUCGAAUUCCUGCACUAAUUGAAUGACAGACAAAUUCAUGAUCAUUUCCAUGUGGAAACGGGGAAAUGAUUUGAUAGCUUUUGGAAUGCAGUACUUGUCUACAUCACCUUCUCCAGCUUGUCUACGACUUCAUUGAUGCUUGUUCGAAAGAGAUUUGUGCUCUGUCGACAGAUGUUGCUGAUGGUGACAUCAGCAUUGUUUGUAGUAUCUCCCAACAAGGUGUGAAGUCGGCCAAGCCGAAAUAUAUGUCAUAGACAUCACACACUUUACUAGCACUCUCCAUAUUUGCUGUCUUGGCAUUUAAGCUGCUUCCAAUUCUCUUUCAUCUUUGACUUAGAUUAUUUUCUCCUCAAAGUUGUCAUGAUGGAAGUCUUUAAUACUCCCCAUACCACUUGCUUUCUAUAACCCUCUCCAGCUUGUCUACGACUUCAUCAAUGCUUGAGCUCUGUCGACAGGUGUUACCGAUGGUUGUAACAUCAGCAUUGUUCUUAGUAUCUCCCCAUCAAAGUCAGAAACCGGCCAAGCUGGAAUACGUCCCUCUUAUCCUAUUCCAGUCUCCCCUCUCCUUCCCUCUUUCAUUGUAAGGAUGCCAUCCAGGGGCCCGUCUUACAAAGAGUUGCGAUUGAUCGGACCAAUCGCAACUAUGGAUGGCCAGCAAUGUCAACAUCUAUUAUGCAUUUUUGUUCAAAAUAUUGAGAAACUAAGGUUUCUUCCCAAUAAUUUCCACCAUAAAUGUAGCUGAGGUAUAUCAGCUAUUAAAAGGUAGGGAUGUAUUUAAAAGUCAUGCACCAAUGGUGUCGACCCAGAUUCUAGGUGAGGAACAUCCACAUCCCACAUCCAACAGGAUUGACAACUGGAAUUCAGCGGGGUGCUCAAACAAUAGGGGGAGGGAAAAGGGGUUGGGAGCAGUUAUUCUUGCCUUCGAACUAAGCUUCUGUAGCCGACAAAAAACAUAGCAUGAAACAACGCGCCAAUAUCACAUAGAAAUGACGAUGUGUAGACAAUAUUGUCGGUGAAAUAUACACUGGUGAUAUUCUUGUAAGGAUUGGUAAAACAGAACAAAAAUAUAAGUUAUUUUAGGCACAUUUUCCACACUGAAAUCGUGUUCGCCAACCUUACACCUAAUUUCACUCACUUCGUUAUGCCAUCCAGUCAAAAGCUCAAAUUAAACAUUGAAAAUCGCUUGGAAAAUAUAAAAGGGCAAGAAGGUGAGGAAGACCAUUCAAGAAUUCAAAUUAUUUAUGAGCAAGAAUUUGGUAUUUUCGUUAAGAUGAAUUUGUGUAAUUAAUGAUUUAAAGGUGAUGGCCAGAGAGAGCUUGAUAUAUGUUUGUCUUUUUUUCGAUCGCAUCCACGAUUUUAAUAAUUGGAUUUAGGAGCAGAGAGCGAUUCAUCUUGUGCUGCUUUGUGGAGCUCUAUCAUACCCAGUGUUUAUAUACUGAAUGUUUUCAUUUUCAGUAUCAUCCCCCCUGCUUUAAGUUUGAAGGGGUAUAUAGGAACUGGCACGCGGUUUGGCAGACGGUCCAUUGCAAAUUGAUCCACUUUCUCCAUUUUCAUUAUAGAAAAUCAUUAUUUAUUAAGAAAAAAGACGAGUGCCGUAAUUUUGUUGUAAGCCAAGUUUUGAGCAAGUUCAAAACUUUACUGUUUACUGCGCUUCUGCAGGCAACUGCAUGUGAGAUACUUGCCAGAUACUGUCAAUGCAGGCUUGCUCGGAAUGCUGUGAUGGGGCCUUCAAUGAAUCAUUGAAUUUUGGUAAAUUAAUUUUACUUUUCUCUGUGAUAUUUUGUUCUGCAUCAUUCAAGUGUGACUGGUAAUAUUGGUUUGAACAAAAUUGUUAUGAAAAGAUCUGAUCCAUGUACCAUGAAAUCAAUAAAAACUCACUUCCUUUCAUA